GAUCUUUUCGUUUCUUAUUCUAAUAAAAUAAAAUUCAUUUUGAUGUUCGUUUACGCAGUACUGCAAGCAAAGCAUCCAAAGCAGGAUUUCCGAGAGAGUUGCGCAGAUGAGAUACAUCCCCACAUAAAUGAACGACGAACUGCGCUGCAGCAGAGAAGAAUCUUUUGAUUGUAGUCAUAGCGUCAGGUGAAAACGCUCCCUCAUAUAAACUCUGAUUGUGGAUACGGUCAAAGGCUUACUACAAAUGCUUUGAAACAUUUUUUGAUUGGUGUAUUAGUAAAAUUCUUUGUUUUGAUUGGACAAUUAAACGCUUCGAAGCAUUUGUAGUGUUACAUUGACCUGUAUCAUUGUUAAAUCGUGGUUGAUCACGAUCCUUGUAUUUUCUGAAUUUUAUUAAUGUUAAUCGUUUAAGCGAUUUUUUCCAAGAUAUUAAAAGAUGUCGACAAAAUCCUCAGUAGAUUUGCGAGCGGAAUUAGCGGAAUUGGUAAAACGAAAAGCUGAGAUCGCUGAUACAUUAGCCAACUUGGAACGUCAAAUAUACGCCUUUGAGGGAAGCUAUUUAGAGGAUACACAAUUAUAUGGAAAUAUAAUAAGAGGUUGGGAUAGGUAUUUAGCUAGCAAUAAGAACACCAACAGUAAAGCUGAUAAACGUAAUAGAAAAUUUAAAGAAGCAGAAAGAUUGUUUUCUAAAUCGUCUAUUACAUCUAUGGCAGCAGUUAGUGGGCUUGUUGAGAAUACACAAGAAAAAAUUGAACGAUACAGCGAAUCAGAAUCUCAAAUUGGAAAUAGUGGCAGCGAGGACAAUUGCAACUUUGGCAAUUCAAAUGCAAUUCCUUCCAGCAAUAACAAAGAAGCUAGUGGAAAAAAUCAUACUUCUUCUAUUCAAACCGGAUACAGCCAAAAUAGUAGCACUCUUAAUAGUCCAGACAACGCAUCGAUUCAAUUUACAAAUGGAUCAAUAUCCAAUGGAAAUUUAGAACAUGUUACGACACCUGUCAAAGAAUGCCAUAGUAAUAGUAAAGAUUCCAAUAAAAAUAAAUCUGGAAAUAGUGCGAAGAAAAAUAGCAAUAAAAGAGCCAGAAAUAGAUAGAAAUUUUAAUGAAACACAUUAGUUAUCUAUCUUGUAUUAAUUUUAUUUCUUUCGUUUUUCGUAUUAAACAAUGCAUUGCCUUUAUCACACUAUCCUUUAUGACUAAAUUCUUUUUUACGCUAAUAUUAUAUUCGAUGCAUUUGUUACACAAGAUCUGAAAUAUUAUCGUUAUAGUGUAAAUAUCUAUUCGUGCAUACAACUGCAAGAUAUUUUGAUCUUAACAUGAAACUGUACAAUGAAAUUAUACACAUUUUGUCACAACAUGAAAUAAAUUUGUUCCUUGUAUUAUAUCGUA